AUGAUCCCUUCGACCUGGGAUGAGCUUAGAAUACAAGCUCGAAUACUGGAGAGCGAGAUUGACUCAAAGUUAGCUGCUUUUGGUAAAAUUGGGACUCGACCAGUAGAACACAAGCACAUCCCUCGUUUUACUAAUUCUGGAAUAAUCAGUAAAAGCAAUGCUAUCACAGAAGUACCAUCAAAUGUAGAUUUCGACACGAACUUCAGCGUAAUGUGCAAUGAAAUAGAAGAGCAACUGCAGAGACUUACUCAAAUCAAUGAACGGAUGGCAACUUUUGUCCCUGAAACAGAAGCUACACCUACCUCUUUUGACAGUGCUGCACGAAACCCACUUAAUCCUACUAAUAUGGCAGCUGGUAGACUUAGCCAACUGCAUACAGCUAAACGACAUCGUGAAAUUCUUCGUGAUUAUGCUCAAGAGUUUCGUCAAACUAAGGCCAAACUCAUUGCUGCACGUGAACGUGAAAACCUUUUAGGAUCUGUUUAUCGAGAUACAAACUCCACAACUGUAAAUCUAAGCGGUGAUUUUACUUCAAAACCUCAAUCUGAUGUAGAUUCUUCCGGUGGUAAUCAACGUUCCGGUUUACAGUCAAAUAUAUCUAGUUCAACUCGUUUACUUCUGGAUGAACAAGAAAAAUACCAUCGCUCUAAUCGUCUGUUGGAUGAACAUUUAGCUGCAGCAUCAACAAUACGAGCAGCAUUACGUGCCCAACGCUUCGCACUACGUACUGCCUCAACAGGCCUAUCGAGUUUAAGCUCCCGUUUUCCACAGGUAAAGAAACUGAUCAAUAAAAUUGACUGGAGACACAAACAAGACUCAAUUGUUUUGGGGCUAGUCAUCGGCUGUUGUGUUGUGUUUCUGCUAAUUUACCGCUUCUUUUGA